GUCAGUCACUAGACAGUCAGUCAGUUGGCUCGGUGAAGGAAAAACUCGUUAACUUAAUUUGUGAUGAAAAUUUUCUCCAUCAACCGUUCCAUUAUCAAGAUGUGUUAAAUAUAAGAAGUUUUGUGUUAAUUACCUACUGAUUGAGAUAGUGUUCGGGUGAUUAUUAGCUGUCGAAAAGCCUCGUUUCCGUUAGACUAUGAUAAGCGAUUACUCGCUGACUUCCUCCGAUUGCGAUGAUACGACCAGUAGCUACGCCGACACGACGACGGAGGAUGACGAGGAUGAGGUUUUCUUCCGGCUGUCCGGUGGAGACCAGGACGGUAGCGACAGCCAGAAGUUGGUCACCAUCAAACAGUACGCCCAGAAUGUGGUGGAUUUUAGCUCGCAGUACGGUAGCGACACCAGCAUUUCCUACACUGCCUACAACGUAACAGGGAAGCCAUCGAAGUAUCCAGAUUAUGGUGACUUUCCGGAAACAUUCGCUUUCCGUACAUACGGUCCUUGGUGGAAGCGUGCCCCAUCGGCUGCGGGUGAAAUCAACCGGCGGAGCCAUGCUGACAAUAUUCCACCAACGGAUGAUUAUAUUCUGGCGCGAUUCGAAGAGCCCGUAUUUCCGGAAUCUAUCACGGUAUUUGAAACCUACAACACGGGUGCCAUUGUACGUAUUUGGGCCUAUACUCAAGCGGAAGAAUGGAUUCGGUUGUGGGAUUGUGCCGAAACGGCCGUUGAUUGUUUUCCACCGAUCGAGCGUAACAAGGCCCGACAAUUUUGUCCUCGACUGAAGCCCUGUCCGAAUCCUGCCCGGUACAUUCGCCUAGAGUUCAAUACUACCCAUCUGGAAUAUUUCACCCAAAUAGACGCAAUUUUACUGGUCGGACAGAAAACUGUCGUAAGCAAAUGUGUCAAUUUGAAAAUGCUUAACCGAACGGAUCGAACCAUUAAACCAACGCCGGAUGAGUUUGCGGAAGAGGAACUGCGUAGUUCGGGUAGUGACAGCAUCUGCAGUAGUCGUAGUUUGACACCCACUGAAAAUGACAGCCGGCUUACGUUGGACCAGAUGCCGUACGAGAUUCUGUUUAAAAUAUUUUCAUUUCUGGAUCUGAAAUCGCUGUUUCGAUGUGGCAGAGUUUGUCGCACCUUUCAACAGAUCGUGGCUUGUGAUUCGUUACUCUACGCCGAGGUCAGCCUCAAACCGUACUGGAAUUGUGCCUCGUCAUCGACGAUGCGUGCGCUGAAGCAAAGAUGUGCCUACACGAAAAAGUUGGACCUGUCCUGGUGCGGAAUGUUCAACAUUAUUACUCCGACUGAAUUUAAAGACUUUCUAGUAACCUGUGGUGCCGGUCUCACUCACUUGCGGAUGGAUUCGUGCAAGUUCAUAGUUAACGAGCGAUGCCUGGAAGCCAUCGGAAUGCAUUGUUUUGAAAAUCUACGGGAGCUUUCGCUUCAGAACUACACUCCACAGAAUGAUGAUUUUUCCGCUUUGGUUCACUUCCGGAAUCUCGAGCGGCUCGAUUUGAGCCGGACCACGAUUGACCGGUUGUCGUUGGUUAGGGUUUUAGCCCGAAACGAACAGUUGCGUCAUCUUAAUUUAGCAUUUUGUUCCUUGGACGUCAACAUGGAUGACGUCGCGCAGCAGAUCUCCAAGUUUAACCGUCAGUUGAUCUCACUGGACAUGUGGAAGUCUCACUCGUUGACCUCGGUUGGGUUGGAGGCACUGGCUAAGUGUACCGAACUGGAGGAAGUUGAUUUUGGCUGGUGUCUCCGGGAGGAACCAACACCCGGGGAGUCCCUUCGGGCACUAAUAAAAUGUUGUCCCAAUUUACGGAAACUUUACCUGGCAGCAAUUCGUGGCUUCACGGAUCGGGAUCUGGAUGCUAUAGCCACCAAUUGCGUAAAACUGGAACAACUAGAUUUGCUGGGUUGUAUGGGCAUUUCAACCGAGAUGUGCUACCGGUUGUUGUGUCGCUGUAAAAAACUACAACUCCUGGAUCUCAGUUUCUGUGAUAAUCUGGACGAACUGCAGAUUGCCCUGUGGCGAGAUUGCUUCGACGUGGACAUCAAGCGUAGUCUGGUUGACUUUGGACCGCAGCGGGCUGAGUUUUAAGCGAAAGGCUGUGACCGUGACCUGUGGCUUACUACCCGAUGGUUGUGAUUUUAUGCGAUCACCAUUCCAAGUAGGUACCGAAAGCUGAUAUUUAUCUUAUAUAUAUUUAAAUUAGCCAUAUUUGCGUUGAAACUCGAUUCGAGUUACGUUUACUGGAAUACAUUUGAGAUUACUCUGACUGUUUGAAAAAUUAA